UCAAGUCAACCCCCCCACACCCCAACCGAGGGGACGGGAGGCGGGUCCUGCGCCGGCUCCGCCAUCGCACCCCGACCCGGGCGUUGGGAGCUCCGAGGGCCGCCUAGCUCUGCUCUCUGGGCCUCAGUUUCCCCAUCUUUAAAAUGAAUAGAAGUUGGGGAACGGUUUGAAAAAGUAGGAGAGUCCCUGGGACGCGAAGGCCUUGGCUCACGGGGUGGGGCGGGUCUGCCACGUGACCCGAUUGCUAUGGCACCCACGGGAACAAUCGGGCCCGCGGCCCCGCCCCUUCUCAUCGACCUCCCCACCCCACCCAUCCGCCUCCCCAGCCCCGGCAAGGGCCUCCCCGCCCCUCCGGGGCCCCAGACCCCCUCGGAGGCACUCCAGCUUCAGAACGCUCUAUCGAGAAGUGCCUGCACUCUGUGCCUUUCAUCCACACUGAUUUGGCUUCAGUGAUUCCCGUUCAAGGGACGAUCACUUUGGAUAGCCUGUUACAGCUCUUCUCACGACAUUCCUGGCGUGCAUGUCACAAGUCGCUAGGAUCAAGAACCAAGUCAGUUUUGCUCUCAGGGGCUCUUGGGGCCACCAGCCAAGAUCCCCGUUCUCCCGUGAGUGACGGCGGAGGAAGACAUGAACGAGGUGAAGGAGUCUCUUCGAAGCAUCGAGCAGAAGUACAAGCUCUUCCGGCAGCAGCAGUUCACGUUCGCCGCCGCCCUGGAGCGCUGCAGGGAGAACGCCCACGACAAGAUCCGGCCCAUCUCCAGCAUCGGACAGGUGCAGAGCUACACGGAGCAUUACUGCAACAACUCCACGGACCGGCGGAUUCUGCUCAUGUUCCUGGACAUCUGCGCGGAGCUGAACAAGCUGUGUCAGCACUUCGAAGCCCUGCACUCCGGCACGCCGGUCACCAACAACCUGCUUGAGAAAUGCAAAUCCCUUGUUAGCCAGAGCAACGACCUGAGCAGCCUCAGAGCCAAGUACCCGCACGAUGUGGUGAACCACCUGAGCUGCGACGAGGCCAGGAACCACUACGGAGGCGUCGUCAGCCUCAUCCCCAUCGUCCUGGACUUAAUGAAAGAGUGGGUCGCCCACUCGGAGAAGCUGCCCCGCAAAGCCCUACAGCACGUGAGUGAGCCCCGGGCACACCAGGAAGCCGCUGGCACGGCCGCUCGUCCUCCCUGGACCGCAGGCUCCCAGCCUCGGUUAAGAAAGCACAAAUGUAGGCGACUUAUAAAAGACAGCCCCAGGCCUAGGGGGAAGGACAGAGGAUGUUCCAAACCUCCCUGGAGACCACCCGGCAGGAGACUCUAACUCAGAGUCGGCAACCUGGCGCGGCCCAUAGGGCGCUUGGUCACUUAACUC